CGCCGCCACUGCGCAGCCUCCCGCGCGGAUCCGGCCUGGCUUGCGCGCGGCGCCGGGAGACUCCCGCGGCCUCGUCUCCCGGCCUGCGCCCCUCGUCCCGCGUCGCCAGCCAGCCCCGCGGCCUCCUCCGGCCGCUUCCUCGGCCCGCCUGGCCCCGCCAUGGCGCUCAACAAUUUCCUCUUCGCGCAGUGCGUCUGCUACUUCCUGGCCUUUCUGUUCAGCUUCGUGGUGGUGGUGCCGCUGUCCGAGAAUGGCCACGACUUCCGCGGCCGCUGCCUGCUCUUCACCGAGGGCAUGUGGCUGAGCGCCAACCUGACGGCGCAGGAGGGCGAGCGCUUCACCGUGCAGGAGUGGGGCCCGCCGGCCGCCUGCCGCUUCAGCCUGCUGGCCAGCCUCCUCUCGCUGUUGCUCGCCGCGGCGCACGCCUGGCGCACGCUCUUCUUCCUCUGCAAGGGACACGAGGGCUCCUUCCUCCACGCCUUUCUGAACCUGCUGGUCAGCGCCUUCGUGGUCUGCCUGGUCUUCAUCGCCAGCACCAUCGUGAGCGUGGGCUUCAGCAUGUGGUGUGAUGCUGUCACUGAGAAGGGCACCGUGCCCCACAGCUGCGAAGAGCUCCAGGACAUCGAUUUGGAACUGAACGUGGACAACUCUGCCUUCUAUGAUCAGUUCGCGAUGGCCCAGUUCGGCCUCUGGGCCUCGUGGCUGGCCUGGUUGGCCAUCACCAUCCUGGCCUUCCUGAAAGUCUACCACAACUACCGCCAGGAGGACCUGCUGGACAAGCUGGUCCACGAGAAGGAGCUGCUGCUGGCCAGGCCGGCCCCCCACGCCUCCUUCCAGGGCGAGAAGAGUGCCAUCAUCUAGGCCUGGCCCCGGACACCCCGUCCAGGGCACAUGGCCUGCCCUGGGGCCGCGGCCGGGGCUCUGCCCGGCCCCCCGCGACUUGCAUGCCUCCCCUUGGCACUGCGUGUACUGAGCGACCCCCUCACCAGGCGCCCCGUUCCCAGCCUGAGCCGCGUGUGGACAAGAAUCCCACCACCUGCGAGACAGAGGCGAGUGUGGGACGGAGCCGCCCUCUGGCCCCGGGUGGUCCCCACCCAGGGCUGAGUCCACUCUGCUGCGGCUCCUGAGCCCCGGGGUCCAGACUCGUCUCAGCUCAAGAAGCACAGGGACGGGGGGCUGGGCCUGGGGUCAGGUGGUGGCUUCGUGGGUGUCCUGGGGACUUGCCUGGGGAGGCCUGGGGGGCCCCCGUGUGGGCUGGGCCUGGACUUGGGGUCGGAGACAUGGAUUCCAGAUGUGGAGGUGCCAUUUCGCAGGGGAUCGGGGGCCAGGUGCCACUGUGGUGUGUGUGUGCAUGUGAGGCAGGUGAGGGUGUGCGUGUGUGUGUGUGCACAUGGGCCUGCAUGGCGAGGUCUGAGCGCGCAGGUGGGCGCCCAUACACAGGUGUGUGGGAGUGUGCAGGUAUGGGUGGAGACCAGAGCGGGCAGCUGUCUGCAACCCCGUCCCCGGGUGCCCCCAGGGCCCCUUGCACCCCAGAGGAGGGGGCUGCCUUCCCAACUCAGGAGGCCUCGAGGGCACGGUCCUGCCCCCUCGGCAGCAGGUGGAGGAGCUGGGAGGGGAACUGGGACCCUGGGGCUCGGUGACAAGCCACCAGGGGGCUGCUUGGCUGUGGCCCCCCCUCCUCUCGGGGCUCCCCGGCUUCCGCAUCCUGUCGUCCGUGUCCUGUCCGGGAUUGGGGUGCCCGAAGUGUAAGCACGCCCCGCCCCUCCCCUGAGCUUAGUAAAUAGUUUCCUGGUGUGGCCCGCGUGCUAGUUUGCCCCCCACCCUCCAGGGGAAGGUGAGCCCCCAGCUCCCCAUGUCCAUGGCUCUCACCACCAGUGGAUGGUUCAGUCUCCCAAAAAGCGGGGCAACGGGGCGUCCAGAGGCCACGGAUCUGGGCCUGGGUCAAGGUGCCAGGUGUGGCGGGCAGCCUGGGCCCGGGAGGUGAGGCUGCAGGUCACUUGUCAUGACGCUGCUCGGCUGGCACCUUUUGGGAGUGGGGGCUUGGGACCAGGGCGACUGAGGUUCCUGGCAUCUCAGAUGCUCUGGCCCCGGGCCUGGCUGAGAGUUUUGGGAAGAGCAGCAGGGUCCUUGGGGAGGUGUUUUGACAGAACCUGAGGCCCCCGAGGGGAUGCGCCCGCCCUAGUCCACUGGCCGUGGGGACCCUGUCUGGCCCUGGACAGUUUCUGGUCUCCAGCAGAAGGUGGGGUGGCUCUGCCUUGUCCCCCAUCAGGUAGCAGCUGUCUGGGCCCUGGAGGGAGGAGCAGGGCCAGGAUGUGGGCUUCUGGAGCCUGAGGGUCUGCUGCGGAUUUGACACUUGUGGGUGGCCUGGAGCUGGCCUGAGCAGCACCUUGGUCAGGCUAGCAGACACCUGCAUGCACUUACAGAGCGGGCCUGUCGCUGACACACUGGUUGGCUGCACCGGCACCCCCAGACCUCCCCACCCUGGGGGCUUCUGGGAAAGGUACAGCUGGCCCCGGGGAGGGGGUACUGGGACAGGAGCCGCGCGCCCUUGCAGUGGGCAGGGGACGGACCCUCCGGGGCUGGACAGGAGGGGUGGCCGUGCCUCUGAGGCUCCUGAGGUGGGUCCACCUGAUCGCUUCCAUGAUGCCUUGCUUCUCCCCGCUGCUGUUUGAUAAUGGACAUCGUGUUUUACUUCCACUUCUGGCUUAAUUGAAAGUAAAGAUUCUUAAACUUAAA